UUAGGCCUGAGCGAGAGCGGACGGCGGGCGGGCGCAGCUGCAGCCUGAGCGCCGGCGGGGCUCGUGGGCCCCGCACCCUCUCUCGUCCUCGCCGCCCGCGCCCUCGGACAUGGUGGCCCCCGGCUCUGUGACCAGCCGGCUGGGCUCGGUGUUCCCCUUCCUGCUGGUCCUGGUGGACCUGCAGUACGAAGGUGCUGAAUGUGGAGUAAAUGCAGAUGUUGAGAAACAUCUUGAAUUGGGCAAGAAAUUACUUGCAGCUGGACAGCUAGCUGAUGCUUUAUCUCAGUUUCAUGCUGCAGUAGAUGGUGACCCAGAUAACUAUAUUGCUUACUAUCGGAGAGCUACUGUCUUUUUAGCUAUGGGCAAAUCAAAAGCAGCACUUCCUGAUUUAACUAAAGUGAUUGAAUUGAAGAUGGAUUUCACUGCGGCAAGAUUACAGAGAGGUCACUUAUUACUCAAACAAGGAAAACUUGAUGAAGCAGAAGAUGAUUUUAAAAAAGUGCUCAAAUCUAACCCAAGUGAAAAUGAAGAAAAGGAAGCCCAGUUGCAACUUGUGAAAUCUGAUGAAAUGCAGCGUUUGCGCUCCCAAGCACUUGAUGCUUUCAAGAACUCAGAUCAUAGUGCUGCUAUAACCUUCCUUGAUAAGAUUUUAGAGGUUUGUGUUUGGGAUGCAGAACUGCGGGAACUUCGAGCUGAAUGUUUCAUAAAAGAAGGGGAACCUAGGAAAGCAAUAAGUGACUUAAAAGCUGCAUCAAAAUUGAAGAAUGAUAAUACUGAGGCUUUUUAUAAAAUUAGCACACUGUACUAUCAACUAGGAGACCAUGAACUGUCCCUCAGCGAAGUUCGUGAAUGUCUUAAACUUGACCAGGAUCAUAAAAGGUGUUUUGCACACUAUAAACAAGUAAAGAAACUGAAUAAGCUAAUUGAGUCAGCUGAAGAGCUCAUCAGAGAUGGCAGAUACACAGAUGCAACCAGCAAAUAUGAAUCUGUCAUAAAAACAGAGCCAAGUGUUUCUGAAUAUACGAUUCGUUCAAAAGAAAGGAUUUGCCACUGCUUUUCUAAGGAUGAGAAGCCUGUUGAAGCUAUUCGAGUAUGUUCUGAAGUUUUACAGAUGGAACCUGACAAUGUGAAUGCUCUGAAAGAUCGAGCAGAGGCCUAUUUAAUAGAAGAAAUGUAUGAUGAAGCUAUUCAGGAUUAUGAAACUGCGCAGGAACACAAUGAAAAUGAUCAGCAGAUUCGGGAAGGUCUAGAGAAGGCACAGAGGCUAUUGAAACAGUCGCAGAAACGAGAUUAUUAUAAAAUCUUAGGAGUAAAAAGAAACGCCAAAAAGCAAGAAAUCAUUAAAGCAUACAGAAAACUAGCACUGCAGUGGCACCCAGAUAACUUCCAGAAUGAAGAAGAAAAGAAAAAAGCGGAGAAAAAGUUCAUUGACAUAGCAGCUGCUAAAGAAGUUCUCUCUGAUCCAGAAAUGAGGAAGAAGUUUGAUGACGGAGAAGAUCCGCUGGAUGCAGAGAGCCAACAAGGAGGUGGUGGAAGCCCUUUCCACAGGAGCUGGAACUCAUGGCAGGGGUUCAAUCCCUUCAGCUCAGGCGGACCUUUUAGAUUUAAAUUCCACUUCAAUUAAACCAGCUGUUUUUCUGCUCUUCUUCCUUAAGUUUUUUAAAGAUUAAAUACAAAGAAACCUUGUUCCAGGAUCCUAAUGAAAAAAAAAAUUCAAAUCUUUUAGUUUGUCCAUGACCAAAGAGUUGUUUUAAUAGGAAAAAUCGUCUAUCCCUUUUAGACUGGAGGUUGAUGGGUCCUUGGAGGCAGGGAGGCGAAGACCGGGUCUAUCUCUGACAAAGCAGCCCAUGUAAGUGUUUGGAGGGCCUGGAAGAAGGGUCUGCGGGAGCGCCCCUGCGGCAGGGCUCCCGCGUGUGCCCGCACUGGAGCCCGCCGAGACUCUUCUUCCCGGCCUUGCAGAGGGCAGCAGUGCCCGCGUGGGUAAGAAGGAGCCAGGAGCCUCAUGAGAAGGGGUUGUGUUUUAGGAUUCUUAAAGAGAAUAUCAACAUUUUGAGUUGUACGUUCUUAGGGACACCCUUGCUUAGGUUCUGCUCAGUCCAGUUGCUUGCCAAUACCUGUUAAAUUACAGAGCCUCGGCCAGUCCACAUGCGUUUCCCUCUCUCUGCUGGCGUGAGCAGAGUCUGGAUGGAUGUGAAGCAUGUAUUUUAUGUCUGGUACGUGCAAGAGAACACAGAAGACCACAGACAUAGAAUUAACCGUAAAAACAUAUGGGCCCUUUUGUUUAAUAACGUGAAACAAAUUAAAAGAGAAUAUGUAACACCGGUUCAGAUAAUAGAGCAGUGGUGUCACUUAAAAUAAGCUUGAAGUACAGAAUGUAGUACUUUAAGAACUGAAGUUGUGAGUUAUACAGAAUUUCCUGUAACAGGACUGCCUUAGAAAUGUAAAGUUGCUCAGUUGACAGAGAAUGCCAUGUUCCCCAUUUUUAAUAAAGGCAGUGGGGCAGCUUCUCGUCCAUCCUGACCGACCCUCUUGAACUGUAGUCCCCCCACCCCCCCAUGUGGGACUGUCUGAGGCAGGCGUUAGACAGGAGACCUGCCCCUUGACCCGACCCUGAUGCCUCUGGAUGUUCUCCUGCCUAGAAAAAAAAUACAUGUUUACAAAUCUAGUCAGCUCUGGCUAUAUUUCCACCAUCGUGAUGGCUCUCUUCUUGGGAUACCUUCUUACCUUUUAAGAAAUGAACUUAUUCAGUCUUUGUAUACUGGAUAAUUUUUUCCUUAAAAACUGUUACUUUAAUCAAGAACAUUAAAUAUUUAUGGAACUAUUGAUGCUGCAUUUAAACUCUAAUUACUUUUUAGAUAAGAAUUACUACCUUCAUUCUGGAAAGGUUUUUUGUUUUGGCCUCAGAGCAUUUUGAUGAGUAUGGGUCUAAUAUGUUGUUUUUAUGAAAUCAGGCAUUUUAAUUUUAAUGGCGGGAGGUGUCCUGACCAUAGCAGCCAAGUACAGGGCCUUUCCUUCCGCAGUCAUCCUGAAACAGACGGGGAGAUUUCCUUAAAUGGAGGGGCAAAAAUCACAUAGUUGAGCUGAGCAAAACACCUGUGUGCUUUUUGCAUCUAUUUAGAAGUCUGUUUCUUACCAAUAAACUUAAUGCAUUUUGAAAAUUAGUGAAUAGUUCGCAGCUUUCCUUUCGUUUUAAGGUCUCAGAAUUCAAGUCAGUGCUGAAAGGAUUUCCAAGGGAAAUUCCGUUUUGUUUAUUCUUUCAUCUUCGUAAGUUCAUGACUGCAUUAGAUCAGCACUGUUUGCCAGUCUGGUUCUUUGGUACAUGAGGUCACUGUGACCGUUUUGCGAUCUAGCAAUGGCCUCUACCUACUUUUAAAGUAAGAAUUUUCACACAGAAUCAGACCGAGGAAAUAGGAAAUCACUUGCCUUUCCGCUCAGAGAAGACGAGAAGUCGCCCCAAGGAGCCGGAGGGAGUCAGGACGGUGGCGGGCUGGCCGGUGGGUGACGCGUCCGGGUGCUGCCCACACGGCUGUUGGCGGGCUCUGUCCACACUGGCGGUAACUGUAAGUCCCGUUCCUGAGAUUUUACCGUGGGUUCAGUUUCGUCACCGUAACUGAAAUGCGCAGCUACUUGCUGGUCUUCAGUGGAGAGAGGGGAGCGACGGGGCCAAGUGCCAGCGCCACAGAGACACUCGAGGACAGUGCGGCCUGUGACUGUGCGCCCCGCCUUGACGCGCCGCCGACAGAAGCUGCGCCCCGCCGGCCUGCUGGGCGGCGUCCUCCCGCUCCGGAGAGCUCAGGACUGAACGUUUGACUUGCUCGCGGCUUCCUUCUCCUUGCCAGUCUCCUGGCUCUUGUUUCGGGGCCUGUAGCUGCCCGGUAACCGUCACGGCUGUUUCCGGAAAAGUAAAAUCACAGGGCUACCUAGCCUUAGCUGUAUUAGACUCCUGUCUUAAACUCCUUCCUUCCUUUUUGGUAAGCUCCUGAAAUGAAGGAGCCCUUGUCUGUAUAUUGUGGAUAUUUUCCACAGCAGCAUUAAACACAUCAGCCUAUAAACAUGAGACGAUUCUAAAAAGAAUAAAUUUAUUGCCCAUUUUUGAAACUGUGCUUUCUUAGCAUGGAUAAAUGAAAACUUGAAAACGAAAACUAAUAGUUUACUACUGUGAAUUGGAUGGAUGUAAUGCUAACUUUAAAAUAUCUUUAGUCAGUAUUAAAAAUUUAUCUUAAAGACCAGUAUGAAAACAACUUUUUGGGACUCUGAUAAUGGAAUGUAAAAACUCCCCAUAGUUUGUUUUUUUAAGGGAAAAAUACUGAUAACCAAGUAUGAAAAAAGUUAAUAGACUCACAAUUUGAAAUUGGCAGCAUUUCCUAUUCAUGGUGGAAAAUGGAAGAUUUCACUUGAAAGGCAUGAAAUGGGUCAGAAGUUGUGACCUUUACUAUGGAAAAAAUGCAUAAGAUGGCUUACGUUGAAACCGGUUCCUCAGGUUGGGUUAGAGCUGCCUGCCUUCAAGCACAGGGUGCCGGCAAUGGGCCCUGCAAAGGCUCUGAGUACCGUGCGUGGUGUGACCUGGAGAAAUUCAUGCAACUUCAUUGAAUGUAGUAGACUUUCCCAUAUUUAUAAAGGAAGGAGGAAGGCAAAUGCUAAUUUGUCAACAAAUACUAUCCUUAUUCUAAAUCAGAUCAUUCCUUUUGUUAGUAGCAGAGUCUGUUCUGCAAUUGCAAAAGAUGUUAAUAGGUGGGGACUUUUUUUUCAUGGAUGAUCUCAUUUGCUGAAUGAUUUAAGAGAACAGUUAGCCACCGCGUGGCUUUAUGUAUAGUUGACAGGUGUUGCACUCAUCCGCGGUGACCUCUUGCCUGCAGCGGAAAGCAGUUGGAGGAGGGAAGACGUGGAGAUGUUUGAGCAGUUAAAACUACUCCUACUGUAAGGCUAUUGCUGGUUCUGAGACAAGACUAAUUUAAUCCAUCUCAAUUUAGUGUUUUAAUAAAAAAAGAAACUGAAAAUUAAUUGAAAUGGAUCUCAGAUAUGUCUGCAAAUAUGGGUACUAUUUUUAUGCCCGUGUAUUUUCACAUUUAAUAAAAAUAUUUAUGGUCAAAUCA